AUGAGGUGGUCGACUCUCCUCCCCGUGCUGCUGGCCGCUAGUGCUCACGCAUGGAUGCCUCAAGACCGAAACCUCGCCGCUUUCAACCGCAACUACAACGCACACGGAAAACGUGUUGCCGCGCUGCCGAACAAAAUCCGAGGUGUCAAUCUCGGCGGCUGGCUCGUCUCGGAGCCGUGGCUAAUGAAGAACGAAUGGACUCAAGUCAUUGGAUGCCCAGCCUGCUCGGACUGUAAUAGCAAUGGAGGGAAGUGCUCAGAGUUCGACUGCGUGAGCGCAAUAGGGCAAUCUGCGGCUGAUUCGGGGUUCAACAAGCACUAUACGGGAUGGAUUACACCUGCGGAUAUACAGGACAUUCAUGAUGCGGGACUGAACACGAUACGGAUACCGAUUGGGUACUGGAGUCUGCGGGAGCUUGUGGAUAGUAGUGAGCAUUUUCCCAACAUGGGGGAUCUGAAGUAUCUAGAUGCAGUGAUCCAAAAGGCGGCGGAUCUGGGCAUGUUUGUGGUCAUGGAUCUGCAUGCUGCUCCCGGCGCGCAGAAGACAAACGAUGCGUUCACUGGACAGUGUCUUCCACCCGCAUGGCUACCUGGGUUUUUUAUCCAGAGGAACUACGACCGAGCCAGCAAAUGGCUUUCCUGGAUGACGCAGCGAAUCCAUAACACGCCAUCCUACGCGCAGACCGUUGGAAUCAUUGAGGUCGUCAACGAGCCGCAGUCCUCCCGCGAAGGGAUGCCUGCCGAAGAAGUUAACACCUUCACGCAAGUCUACUACCCGCAAGCGCUAAAGGCCGUGCGCGACGCUGAAGCCGCGCUCAACGUGCCCGCCAGUGAUCGGCUCCACGUCCAGUUCAUGGACAAGCUCUGGAGCUCCGGCGACCCGAAAGCGCACCUCCCCUCCGACUCCGCCAUCAUCUUCGACGACCACAACUACGUGGGCGGCGCCGUCGGAGCUAUCAGCCACCCCGGCAAGCCCCAGGAUGUCAAACAGGCCGACUACAUGUGGUACACGUGCUACACAGACGACAGGCUCUCGGACGGCGACGUGCCCAAAGUCGUUCAAGAGUUCAGUCUUACAGUCGACGGGGCGGUCGAGGGGAACAAUGAGUUCGCUUGGGAUGCGAGCCAAAAUCAGGCGUUCUAUACACAGUGGUGGAAUGCGCAGCAGCGGCUGUACGAGCAAACGAACGGGUGGAUAUUCUGGACGUGGAAGGUUGGCAAUGAAUUGAAUAAUCCACGUUGGUCGUAUCAACAGGCGGUCGCGCGGAAAUGGAUUCCUGGGAGUGCGGCAGGACUGGAAGGGACGAGGGCAAACGAUGUGUGUAAGACGUACUUUGGGACGAGUGAUGGGAGAAAUUAGGUGAGAUUACGGCACUCCCAGCAGCAUUCGAUUGAUGCUUCUGUGAGAGGAACCUCAUGUUUGUGACGUGGUAGUUGCAAAAGACCUGAAUUCACGCCGGCUGACACGACAUUCGGAAACGUAGGUGCGUACCUCAUCCUGUGUUAACUCAUUCUACUACACGUUCAUGAACUUGUCGUGUAACA